AUGGAGACUAGAACCAAGUUGUCGAUCUCCACGACCCUCGACUCCACCCUCUCAACGCUUUCCUCGCCCUCUUCAGCCACACCGCCUUCAUCGAGUUUGGAUUAUGCCCCUACGGAAAUCACCCUCUCUCCACUAUGCCCCCCAAACGAAAUCAUCGCGGCCUCCCGCCUUGACCUCUACACCGAGGGUGAGACGUUACAGCACUGGAUCAAGAUGGUGUUGGACCUCCGUGACGCGAGCCACGUCCAGAAGUAUAAUGGCGAGAGCGAAAGGGCCCUUAUCCUGAUUGGACGAGCUGCCAGGUUGGCUACCGUCGGCGUCCCCCAGCAUCCCGACUACGAAACGGAGUUGAGGCAACACCAGUUUGUGCACAACUGGGAUCGGGUCGUAGAAGAGAUGGUCAUGGAGAUCAAAGGCUACAGGUUGGAGCUGCUUGCCCGCUGGAACCGACGUCAAGAAGACCAACGACGAGCUGAAGAAGCCAAGGCCAAGAAGGCCGCAAAGAAGAGGUCCACCCUCUUGGGGAUCGUCAGCGCGCACCCCAGGUUCAUUGAAACGCGCCGUCGAUUUACGGCUGGUCCCUGA